AUGAAAAUGGAUGAAUGGAAUCCGAAAAAGCACUUAAAUUCUUUGGAUGGAAACACAAGAAAUAUAUGUUUAAGCUUAACAGAUUUUUAUUUUUACGAAAAUGAAAAAAGAGCAAUAGUAAAUAUGGAAUUAUCACCAUGUAAGUCAUAUCUGAACAUAUGCGAUUCUUUUGGAAUAAUAUAUAUAUAUCAAUUUUAUGAAAAAAAAUUUAUUUUUUUAUUAAAAACUGAUUUACCGAAUAACCACGGUUCCAUAAAAUCAGCUAUAUGGGUAACUAAAAAAAAUAAAAAAAUAAAACAUUUAUAUUUAUUUAAUAAAUUAGAAGAUUAUUUGUUAAUUAUUACUACAAUUUCUGGAUGUAUCCACAUAUUUGAUUUAAAACUGAAAACAAUUAUUCAUACAAUAUUUACAAAUAGUAGUAUAAGUUCUUGUAAAUUAAACAAUUCGUUGCAAAAUAUCGGAAUAACAAAUUUAAAUGGUUAUUUUUAUAUAUAUAAUUUAUAUAAAAAUGAAGAUAAUGUUAUAUAUAACUGUUUUGAUAAAUUUUACGAUGAAAAUACAAAAGAAAACAUCACAUUUUCCCAUAAUGGACCAGAGGAUAUAAAUUAUAAUAAUUCUGAAAAUAAUAAAAUAAAAACAUCAACAAAUUUUUCUUCAUAUAUAUUAGACAAUGUAGAAAAAAACGAAUCAUAUAAUGAAACCAUUAUUCAAAAUGCUCAAGAAAAUUGCAACCAUUUAACUCAUGAAUUUUUUUCAAAACAAAUAAAAAAAAGAGAGGAGCAUGAAGGUGAUAUCUUUAAUUUUUAUAUUAAAGAUAAAUUCAAAUGUGCAGAAAAGUUAACUUGUUUUUAUUUUGUUGACAUAUUGAAACCUCGAAAAUAUCUUUUGAGAAUGUUUACCUCGAAAAACAACAAAAGACGGCGAACAAUCCAUCUUAACUAUUCUAAAGAUGAAAAGGAAAAUCCCCUAAAGAAAGAUGGAGAGGCAGGCAAAGAUGUGAAGGGAGCAGAUAAUGAAAGUGAUAAAGCUGUGAAUGAAGUAGAGGGAGAGGGGACGUUAACUAAAAAUCGAAAAAGAAAAAAAAGUGUGCGAAACGAAAUUUUAUCGAUUGAAAAAACGUAUAGUAAUUAUAAUCAUUAUGUAUUAAUAGGAAGUGAAAAAUCCAAAAUAUAUAAAUAUAAUAUAGAUAGUAAAAAAUGUGAAGGUGAAUAUAUCGGUAUAAAUAAACAAUCUAUAUUUUGGGAUGUGAUAUACAUAUAUAAUACGAAUGAAGUAGUUACAAUAGAUAAUGAUGGAUAUCUUAUUAUAUUCGAUUAUAAAUCCUAUUUAGUAAAAUAUCAUUUUAAAAACCAUACAUAUAAAGCAACAUCAUUAACAAAAAAUAUUAAUGAAAGUAAUAUAUUUACAACAGGAGUAGAUAGAUUUGUUAUAAAAUAUGAAUUACGUUUUACCAAAAAUGAAAGGCACACAUCUAACUACACAAGUAGUGAUAAUAGUAAUUAUGAAAACGACGUUUUAGAAGAAAAUGAUGUUUUAGAAGAAAAUGAUGUUUUAGAAGAAAAUGAUAUUUUAGAAGAAAAUGAUAUUUUAGAAGAAAAUGAUAUUUUAGAAGAAAAUAUAAUACUUCAAAAAAAUAAAUUUUUUAUAAAUGAAAUUAAAAAAAUGAACAAAUUAAAUACAAAAUGGAUAUUUGCACAUAAACAUUCUAUGCAUUUAUCUGAUAUAAAAAAAAUCCUUUAUCUUGAAAAUAAUAUAGUAGUAACGAUAAGUGAUGAUUUAACAUAUUGUAUAUAUGAUACUCAUAAAAAUGCAAAAAAAUUUUUUCUUAUAAAAUAUUAUUAUGAAAACAAUAAUAUAUUAUUUUCUCCAAAUUUUAAAACUAUAUUUUGUAUAUAUUCCAACAAAGUCAGCAUUCAUUAUAACAUUCAUAAUGCUUCAAAAAUAGAAAACAAAGAACUACAAGACGAAAGUGUCAAUACAGUCCCUAUUGAAAAGGCUGGUUUGCUUGAAGAAAAACAAAAUUGCGAAGAUGAACAAAGUUGCGAAGAUGAACAAAGUUGCGAAGAUGAACAAAGUUGCGAAGAUGAAAAUCAGAUUAAAAAAAUUCCUAUGAAACAUUUAACAUACAUAAAUGAACAUAAUUACAAUUUAAUAGCUAAUAUUGUAUAUGAUCAAAAUGAACAUAUAUUAGAAUAUGGAAUGAACAAAAGUUUUACAAGAUUUGGAUGCAUAACAAAUAAAAAUUUUUGUAUUUACUAUUUCAACAUCAAGACGUUGGAACUAUAUAAUUAUGAUGUAUCAGCUUUAAACUUUUAUAAAGUCUAUAGUUUUAUAUUUUUAAAUGACAAUGAAAUUAUAGUUUCAUUUACUAGAUAUUGCGGGGAAACAAACAAAUUAAAUAAUAAAUUUAUUAAAAAAAGAAAUAAAAAAAAUAUAAAUGAAAAUUUAAAAUAUUUUGAAAAUAAUUUUAGUUAUCAUUUAUGUAUAUAUAAUGUUAAAAAAAAAAAAAUUAUUGAAGAAAUUGAAGUAGAUAGAAUAUUUUAUAAUUUUAAAAAAUGGAAAAAUAAAUUAAUAAUUUGUUCAGAUUAUAUGAAAAAUAUAUAUUUAUUUUUUAAAAAUUCACAAUAUUAUUUCAACAGUUUUAUAAUAAUAUAUGACUUCAAUACAACUUUACAAAAUAUAUAUAGAACUUAUAUUUUCCUUUUCUUGAUUGAAAAUUUUUUAUUUAUUUUUUCAAAUAAUAAUAGAAUUUAUGUUUAUGCAAUAAAUUAUGAAAAUAAAAAUAUACAUUUUUUAAAAAGUGUAAAAAUAAAAAAUUGUAUAUUUAAUCAAAUUAAUCAAAUUAUAUUUUUAAACCUAGAUCAUAUUACAAAUAAAUAUAAUCAUAUUCAAAACAAUGAGCAUUAUUCUGACAUUCAAAAUAUUAUGUCUUUAAAAUAUAGUUAUUGUAUAAUUUUUAAAGGACACAAUUCAUUAACAAUUAUGGGCCUAAAUGUGUUUGAUAAAGUUUAUAUAGAUAUAGAAGAUUCUUAUUUAGAAAAUAAAAUAAAAAAAAACACAAAUUAUUUUAGUCAAUAUUAUUUAUCUUCGCUAAAAUUUAAAUACAACUAUCUUAAUUAUAAGCAAAUUUACUUUCAAAAUAAUACUUUAUUCCAUAUGCUUUUCGAUAAAAUCAAUAUUUCUAAACAGGAUGCAACUAAUGCUACAUCACUUUCAAAUAAUGAAGCAUCAAUUACUACAAAUUCAAAUGAACCCUGUAAACAUAUUAAAGCUUUUAAUCAAAAUGAAAAUUGUAAUCAUGAUAUUUUAAACUUAUCAUUUAAAUUUAUAGCAUGUGUGCAUAAAAGAAGUAUUAUAAAUCUGCAUUCUAUAUAUACUAGUGGAAAUCGAAUUACCCUUUUAGCUUGUGCUCCAACAUAUUUAACCAAUCGAUCCAUAAAUGCUGCGGAUACAAGGAAAUAUAUUAAAUAA